AGAGUGGGGAGUAGUUUGAGAGAAAAUGUAACAAUAACCCAGCUGUCUUUCUGAAAAGAUGACCCUGGAGCUCAUCGGAAUCGGAAGCUUCUAUCCUCAAACACAGGCUUCUUCCUGUCCUGGUGCUCUGGGGUAGGGGUUCCCUAACUUCCUCUGUUAUGUAUUCCUCAUCUUACACACCCUGUGUGGUUAGCAAGCCCUUCCUCAACUCUGUCUUCAGUUCUUGCUGUGGUUUCAGCCCGCUUUUCAACAUAUCCUUUGUUUGACAGUUACUGGGUCAACUCUACUCUGGCUUUUCUCAACACAGAACAAGUGGAGGCACUAGAAAGCAUAACGGACCUCAAUGGCCACCGUUACAUCUGUCAUCUUUCCUGACAAGUGACAGGGUUGAAAGGUAACAAAAAGGCUCCCAGCAGAUUGAAGGGUGGUAUUCUUAGCGUCCAUGGCAGACUUCAAAGAGAAGAGACAGCCUUCCUCUCACUCAGGGAAGGGGAAGGGGGACACUCUGGAGGCAGUUUCUCUUUUCACAUUCUCGGAUCCUCUCAGGAAGGCUGGAGUGAAGCAUCACUGCUCCUGUGCUAUCACUUCUGCUCUUCGCGCUCAGCCCAGCCUAGCUUAACCUCUCCCUUCUCUGCCUGUCAAAGUUGAAACUGGACCAUGUAAGUCUAAAAGGACGUAGGAACGAAGUGGUGCCAAUCUUCCUUGCCUAGCACCCAGUUCUUAAGUCCGUCAAGGCCACUACAUGGGCAAGUAGAUGGAGGAAGGGGAAGAGAUCGACAUUUGGUGACAUCAAGGUGAUCAUUUAGACUUUGGCUUUUCCCAAAAAGAAUGGAGAGUGGGUUGAUCUGGAACAGAACUAAUCCCCCUCAUGUGCAGGGAGAGAUGGGAGGUGCUGGAGAUGGCCCUCUUCCAGCAACCAGGAUCCCUGCCACCCUCUCUGACAGAAUCUCACAUAGCCCAGGGUGGCCUUGAGGCCAGCAUGCUCAUCCAACAUGAUGUUACCUAACUCACAACAGACCUAAUCCAUAACCAGACACAGAACAUAGACCUUCAAGCUACAUUUCCCAUAAAUCUAAAAAUCUACAUUAUGUAUACAAAUAUUUUAAUGUGAAAUACAAAGAAAAGUUCUUUUUUCUGAAACUAGAAGUCUCAGUCUGAGCCUGUUUCAUCUCUCCCGUGUUCUUACUUUUCCUAUGAUUCAAUCCAUCACUUUGUUCAAUUCUCCAGUCUAGACCUGCAUUUUGAGACCACACCCUAGCCAACUCACUCUUGGUACCCCUCUUUCCUAACUCGUUGUCCUUUCCUGGGCUCUUCUCAUCUGGCCCCAUGUCUCAGGAGUCCCCUUCUGGGCUUCUCUGGAACACAAAGACUGUCCCCCCUCCUAGUGAAGGAGGGUGUGGGGUUUUUCAGCCCCACCCUCAGGAAGAUGAAUCUUCCCCCUCUGCUCCGUGGUACUUCCUCUCUGGCUGAUUUAGCUGACAGACCUAGAACUGGAACCAGGGAGAGCCCUACCACUGUGACAGGUUUGGCUACACUGCUUUGCCCUGACUGUGGACUUACAAUUGGCCUCUAAUCAGUAUCUGGAAAAACUGGUAAGUAAGUGUCUUAGUAAUGGGGAUGGUAGUUGGAGGGGGAUGGGGCAGGUGUAGUCAGGAGAGAUGGUGAAAAAAGGAAUCUUCAAAGAAAGCCUGACCACUGUAAAAGAGAUUUGUCCUCAUGGCCUGUCCAUUAACACCCCCUUUAUCUCAGUUAUUCCUGGUGCACCCUGGUCAUCUCUACAGAGAGUGGGUAGGUGACUUCCGAAAGCCGAAGGUGCCAAGCAAAUAAAGGUCUGUUGGGAGACAGAGCAGCUAGGUGUAGCAUUGGUGAGCAGUCUCCCAGGCUGGUUCUGGGUUUCAGGGGCCCUUAAGGGAAAGAGGUUAAAAAUCUCUGGAAAUAUUGCUGUUGCUGUAUAUUUUGCAACUGGAUCUGUGAGGAUGAGGGGCCCCACAGCCUAGUUGGGAAACUAGUCUUUCUAAUCAACCAUAUCCCCCCAAGACAGUGCAGUUGGCAGUAAUGGGGCAGUCUAUUUUGGAGGUGUCUCUGAUGCUUCUGAUUUUGGAGACAGACCAGAGUAUUCAUGCUAUUGUGUCUGGGUGUCAGGAAUCCUUUGGCUUUCUACUCUCAUGGGUGUGUUGGCUCUCACUCUCCAGGUCCUUUCCAUGGCUACCAACACUACAUCUCCUGCAGCAUCUUCCUCUGCCGGUAGCAUGUCCACGAUAUCUGUGCUGUCUGUUGUCCUACUGUCCGUGGCACUGGCUGUGGGGCUUCCUGGCAAUAGCUUUGUGGUGUGGAGCAUCGUGAAAAAGAUGCAGAAACGCUCUGUCACGGCGCUGCUGGUGCUGAACCUGGCCCUGGCUGACUUGGCUGUAUUGCUCACUGCUCCCUUUUUCCUACACUUCCUAGCUCAAGGCUCCUGGAGUUUUAAAGUGACUGGCUGCCGCAUGUGUCACUAUGUCUGUGGUGUCAGCAUGUAUGCCAGUGUCCUGCUGAUCACAGUCAUGAGUCUGGACCGCUCACUGGCAGUAGCCCGCCCCUUUUUGUCCCAGAAGGUGCGCACCAAGGCGAUUGCCCGGUGGGUGCUGGUGGGCAUCUGGGUGGUGUCUUUUCUGCUGGCCACACCGGUCCUCUUGUACCGCACAGUAAGUCUGCUACCGAACAAGACGACUCUGGUCUGCUAUUCCAAGUACCCCAGUGAAGGGCACAGGGCCUUCCACCUGCUCUUCGAAGCCAUCACGGGCUUCCUGCUGCCCUUCCUGGCGGUGGUGGCCAGCUACUCUGACAUCGGGCGCAGGCUGCAGGCUCGGCGCUUCCGCCGCAGUCGCCGCACCGGCCGCCUCGUGGUGCUCAUCAUCCUGGCCUUCGCCGCCUUCUGGCUGCCCUACCACUUCGUGAACCUGGCGGAGGCCGGCCGAGCGCUGGCGGGCUUGGGCCAGAACGACCCUGCCGGGCAGCGGCUGAAGCUGGCCCGCUACGUGCUCAUCGCGCUCGCCUUCCUGAGCAGCAGCGUGAACCCGGUGCUGUACGCAUGCGCGGGCGGCGGCCUGCUGCGCUCAGCGGGCGUGGGCUUCGUAGCCAAGAUGCUGGAGGCCACCGGCUCCGAGGGGUCCAGCAGCCGCCGCAGGGGCACCCUGGGCCAGACGGCUAGGGUCCCGGAUGCCACUCAGGAGCCAAGUCCCACCGAGAGCAUCAUGACUUCCUCCAACCCUCUUGCGUGAACUGAACUGCGCCAGGCCUGGUGGAAAGACGCCCAUUUUCUUACUCAGGGAAUAACCCGAGCUAGCCUGACUUAAUUCUAUACCUGGAGGAGAAGAACAGGCAUGGUGGCGAUUGGGCUGGACCGGAAGACGAGGGAGGGGUGGGGCGAGUCAGGGCCGAGACAGCAUGUUCUGGCCUGGCUCCUGUGGGCAGCUUUACAAUUAAAACUAAAGUCUGAAAUCA